AUGUCGUCGUCGUCGAGCGCGCGCGCGGCGUCGCGCGGUGGCGCGCGCGGGCGACGCGUGCGCGCGAUGGGUGACCGCGCGCGAGGGCGAUCGCAUCGAGGACGACGCGGUGCGCGCGCGCGGGCGCGCGGGCGCGUCGACGCGUCGAACGACGCCGACGUCCAUCGAGGGACGGGCGCGGUGCGCGCUCGGCGGGACGAGCGGGAUUAUUGGUUCCCGGUGUGCUUCUCGUCCGCGCUGCGGUUCGAUAAGGGCGCGAGCGUCCCGUUCGACCUGUUUGACGUGCCGUGGGUGCUGUUUCGAGGGAAAUCCGGCGACGUGGGGUGCGUGAAGGAUGAGUGUUGUCAUAGAGCGUGCCCGUUGUCGCUCGGAAAGGUGGUGGAUGGACGGAUUCAGUGUCCGUAUCACGGGUGGGAGUACGAGACGAGCGGAGAGUGCGUGAAGAUGCCGUCGUGUCGAUUUUUGAAGAAUGUGUACUCGGAUUCGCUCAGGGUGAUCGAACGAGAUGGUAUGAUAUUCGUGUGGGCGGGCGAGAGCGAUCCGGAGGAUUUCAUCGGGGCGGGAUCGGCGAACGCGGGGGAGUCGUGGGACGAGGACGUGUACGAAGCCGGGGAAGAGGCGGGAAUGUUCACUCCGCGCGAUGGCUUCGUCACCAUGGCCGAGGUCACCGCCGACGUUAAGGUUGAUAGUAACAUCGUGCUCGAGAGAUUGUUGGACAUCACGGAGCGCGCACGACGCGUGCCCGUGUCGGUGAAGAAUAGACAGCGCACUCCGUACGAAAAGGCAGACGCGACAAAGCUCAUCUCGAAAGUCCUGCGAAUCGGCUACGAGCCGAUGCCGCAGAGCGUGGUGUUCAAGCCCUCGUGCGUGAUCGCGAGUACGAUAGAGCUCAGACCAAAGCUCGGGGGUGCCGGUGGUGGGAAGCCCAUGCUUGUGGAGCAGCUUCACGUGUGCCUGCCAGCAAAGCCCGGAGUCACGCGCGUAUUGUUCCGCAUGGCGUUCGACUUCGUGCCGGAGGGAGCGCAGCAUGCGGCGGGGGAUACGUGGAAUAAUUUAGCUAUGCAGGUUUUACAAGAGGAACUCGAGGACGUACGGAGUGGAAGUCUCAAGUCGGAGACGGCGUCCGCCGCGAUAGAUACUUUCCGAAUCUUCAAGAAUGGCGCUUAA